GUUGGACCGGAUAAGACGGUCAGGGCAGUUUGGAAAACGUGAUUGCGUAUAUAAAGUCAGGAGGCAUGGCUGAAGAAAUCCUUCGGGCGUAAAAGAAGACACGAAGCCGUUGAAGAGGGCUCCCUAGGUUGAGCGUUUUUGUUAUCUUUACUUAUUCCAAGCAAAAGAUGGAUCGGUACCAGAGGGUGGAGAAGCCGAAAGCCGAGACACCGAUUGACGAGAAUGAGAUUCGGAUUACGAGUCAGGGCAGGAUGCGCAGCUACAUCACAUACGCCAUGACUCUUCUCCAGGAGAAAGGUUCGAACGAAAUCAUCUUUAAGGCAAUGGGAAGGGCCAUUAACAAGACUGUUACUAUAGUGGAGUUGAUAAAGAGAAGAAUCCCCGGUCUGCAUCAGAUCACAUCAAUUGGAUCCACAGAUAUAACGGAUACAUGGGAGCCUUUGGAGGAAGGCCUCCUUCCUUUGGAGACUACAAGGCAUGUCUCGAUGAUCACAAUAACCCUUUCGAAAAAGGAGCUCAAUACAUCCUCUGUUGGGUAUCAGCCUCCAUUGCCUACUGAAGAGGUGAAGGCUGCCACAGAAUUGGACCAUGAAGGAGAGGGCUCACCUAGUGGCCAUGGGAGAGGCAGAAGUGGUAGAGGAAGAGGAAGGGGUAGAGGGAAUGGUUUUGUCAAUGCUGAGUAUGAGGAUGGAGGGUAUGAUCAUUACCGUGGCUAUCCAAGGGGUAGGGGUAGAGGAAGAGGACGUGGUUUCCGCAGCCGUGGAAGGGGAGGAUAUAAUGGACCUCAGGUUGAUAUGCAACAAGAUAGAGGCUACAAUCAUGAGCCACCCAUUCAGGGCCGUGGACGUGGUCGUGGCAGGGGAUACCACCGAAGGGGCCGUGGCUAUAGAUCCAAUGGACCGAUCCAGGCAGCAGCAUGAGGCGAUGGGCUUUUUGCAAAUGAGAUCCAAAUGGACUGAUGGGUGCCACCCUUAUUUUAUGUUCUUUUUUUUUUUGUUAUCCUUUUUAUUUGGGUCCUUUAAUGCCAGUUUAAUUUUAGGAUGUCAUAAUAUCGUUGGCCAUUACUUUUUAGUUUCCAUACAUCCUGUUUAGAUUGAGAUGAGUUUUCUGUAAUCAAUUGUAGAGAAGUGUAGUGGCAUUCGUUAGGCAGUUGUUUUCUCAUUUUUAUAGGUAUUGUUAAGAUGUUUGGUUAAUUGUAACCUGUAUCUUGACAGCAAAUUUUCUUUCGUUUAGUGCGCAAACCUUUUUGUC